AUGUGUGACGUUGUCUUAGGAUCCCAAUGGGGAGAUGAAGGUAAAGGGAAAUUAGUUGACGUAUUAUGUGAUGAAGUUGAUGUUUGUGCCAGAUGCCAAGGUGGUAAUAAUGCUGGCCAUACUAUUGUAGUUGGUGAUACCAAAUAUGAUUUCCACAUGUUACCAUCAGGAUUAGUUAACCCUAAAUGUUUGAACUUGGUUGGUUCGGGUGUUGUUAUCCACGUUCCUUCACUUUUUGAAGAAUUAGAAAACUUGGAAAAGAAGGGAUUACACUGUCGUGAUAGAUUGUUUAUUUCUUCGAGGGCUCACUUAGUCUUCGACUUCCAUCAAAGAACGGAUAAGUUAAAAGAAGCGGAAUUAUCGGAAAAUAAAAAAUCUAUUGGUACAACUGGUAAGGGUAUUGGUCCAACUUAUUCUACCAAGGCUUCCAGGUCUGGUAUUAGAGUCCACCACUUGGUGUCUGAAGAACCAGAAUCUUGGGAAGAAUUCAAAACGAGAUACCAUCGUUUAGUAGACUCUAGAUUCAAAAGAUACGGUAAUUUUGAAUAUGAUACCGAAGCCGAAUUAGCCAAGUACGAGAAAUACAGAGAGUUACUUAAGGGCCAUGUCGUUGACUCAAUUGAUUUUAUGCAUUCAGCAAUUGCUCAAAACAAGAAAAUUUUAGUCGAAGGUGCUAAUGCUUUAAUGUUGGAUAUUGAUUUUGGUACUUAUCCUUACGUUACUUCUUCUGCUACUGGUAUUGGUGGUGUCUGUACUGGUUUAGGUAUCCCUCCAAAAGCUAUCAACAAAGUAUAUGGUGUUGUUAAGGCUUAUACUACUAGAGUUGGUGAAGGUCCUUUCCCAACCGAACAAUUGAAUGAAGCUGGUAAAACUUUACAAGAUAUCGGUGCGGAAUUUGGUGUCACCACCGGUAGAAAGAGAAGAUGUGGUUGGUUAGAUUUAGUUGUCUUGAAAUAUUCAACUUUGAUUAACGGAUACACUUCCUUAAAUAUUACCAAGUUAGACGUCUUAGAUACCUUCAAAGAAAUCCAAAUUGGUGUUUCGUAUACUUAUAAGGGUGAAAAAUUGAAUAGUUUCCCAGAAGAUUUACAUAAAUUAGCUAAGGUUGAUGUGGAGUAUGUUACAUUACCUGGUUGGGAAGAGGAUAUCACCAAGAUUAAGAACUAUAACGAUUUACCAGAGAAUGCUAAGAAAUAUUUGAAAUAUAUUGAAGAUUAUUUGAAUGUUCCAAUUCAAUGGGUUGGUACCGGUCCAUCGCGUGACUCAAUGUUAGUAAAAGACCUUAAUUAG